AUGCCCGUAGCAACGCGCAGUGUAAUUGCUGGUUUUCGAGGGACAGUCCCACAUGGCCUAUCACUGGAGAUUGGAGACACUGUUCAAAUAUUAGAGAAAUGCGAUGGAUGGUACAGAGGAUUUGCCUUAAAAAACCCCAAUGUUAAGGGCAUAUUUCCAUCUAACUACAUUCACCUGAAGAAUGCAUGCGUUAAGAACAAAGGACAAUUUGAAAUGGUUAUUCCAACAGAAGAUUCUGUUAUUACAGAAAUGACAUCAACUCUAAGAGACUGGGGAACAAUGUGGAAACAACUCUAUGUGAGGAAUGAGGGGGAUCUCUUUCACCGGCUGUGGCACAUAAUGAAUGAAAUCCUAGACCUGCGAAGGCAGGUCCUUGUUGGCCAUCUCACCCAUGAUCGAAUGAAGGACGUCAAGCGUCACAUCACUGCUCGUCUGGACUGGGGCAAUGAACAACUGGGGCUUGACUUAGUUCCAAGAAAAGAAUAUGCUAUGGUGGAUCCUGAAGAGAUCAGCAUUACGGAGCUGUACAGGCUGAUGGAACAUCGCCAUAGAAAAAAAGACACACCAGUGCCAGCUAGCAGCCACCAUCUUUUUGUUCAGAUGAAGAGUUUAAUGUGCUCCAAUCUGGGAGAGGAACUGGAAGUCAUCUUUUCACUCUUUGAUAGUAAAGAAAAUCGACCCAUCAGUGAAAGAUUUUUUUUAAGACUGAAUAGAAAUGGUUUGCCAAAAUGUCCAGAAAAGCCUGAAAGACACUGUUCCCUCUUUGUGGAUUUGGGUAGCAGUGAACUCAGGAAGGACAUCUAUAUCACUGUGCACAUUAUCCGAAUAGGACGAAUGGGAGCUGGAGAAAAGAAAAAUGCCUGCAGUGUACAAUAUAGACGUCCCUUUGGCUGUGCAGUCCUCAGUAUUGCAGAUUUGCUGGCAGGAGAUUCAAAGGAUGACCUUGUCUUAAAAGUCUACAUGUGCAACACAGAGAGUGACUGGUAUCAGAUCCAUGAAAAUAUCAUUAAAAAGCUGAAUGCACGUUACAACUUGACAGGUUCCAAUGCAGGUCUGGCAGUUUCUCUUCAGUUGCUUCAUGGAGACAUAGAACAAAUUAGGAGGGAGUAUACAUCCAGAUUUACCCAUGGAGUAUCCAUAACAAGGAAACUAGGUUUUUCCAAUAUUAUAAUGCCUGGUGAAAUGAGGAAUGAUUUAUAUAUCACUGUAGAAAGAGGAGAAUUUGAGAAAGGAGGGAAAAGUGUGGCCAGAAAUGUGGAAGUGACAAUGCAUGUGGUCGACAGCAGCGGUCAAAUUUUAAAGGAUUUUAUCUCAUUUGGCUCUGGAGAGCCACCAGCCAGCGAGUACCAUUCUUUUGUGCUUUAUCAUAACAAUGGCCCCAGAUGGGCUGAGCUGCUGAAACUUCCAAUUCCUGUGGAUAAGUUCAGAGGAGCUCACAUCCGCUGUGAAUUCCGGCACUGUUCCACAAAAGAAAAGGGUGAGAAGAAGUUGUUUGGCUUUUCUUUCGUGCCUCUUAUGCAGGAAAAUGGGAGGACUUUGCCAGAUGGCACCCAUGAGCUAAUUGUUCACAAGUGUGAAGAAAAUGCAAACCUUCAGGACUCUGGUCGCUACCUCAAACUCCCCUUUUCAAAGGGAAUAUCCCUAGGAAACAACAGCCAAGCAGUAAAAGCCACUAAAGAAUCUUUCUGGAUUACAUCCUUUCUCUGCUCCACUAAACUCACACAGAAUGGAGAUAUGCUUGACCUUCUGAAAUGGAGAACCCACCCAGACAAAAUUGCAGGUUGCCUCUCAAAAUUAAAAGAAAUUGAUGGUUCAGAAAUAGUGAAGUUUCUUCAAGAUACACUUGACACUUUAUUUGGGAUUUUAGAUGAAAAUUCUCAAAAAUAUGGAUCAAAAGUAUUUGAUUGCUUGGUUCACAUAAUAAAUUUGCUGCAGGACAGCAAGUUUCACCACUUUAAGCCAGUAAUGGACACUUACAUUGAAAGUCAUUUUGCAGGAGCACUUGCAUACAGAGAUCUUAUAAAAGUGCUGAAGUGGCAUAUUGAUCGAGUCACUGAGGUCGACCUUCAUGAUCACAUACAGGAAGUACUAAAGGCCCAGGAAUAUAUCUUUAAAUACAUUGUUCAAUCUCGAAGAUUAUUCUCUAUUGCUACUGGUGGACAAAAUGAAGAGGAAUUUCGCUGCUGUAUUCAAGAGCUCCUUAUGUCAGUACGCUUCUUCCUGUCUCAGGAGAGCAAAGGAGCCAGUGCUUUAUCCCAACUACAAGCUGUGUUUCUCAGCUCGUUCCCAUCGGUCUACUCAGAACUUUUGAAGCUCUUUGAUGUGAGAGAAGUGGCAAAUUUGGUUCACGAUGCUUUGGGCAGCUUGCCAACAGUCAUGCAUGGAGAUGAGUCCCUUCAAGCUGUUAAACUGCAGAGUAUUGGGAAAACUGUAGAGAGUCACCUGUACACUAACCCAGAUUCUCGAUGCAUUCUUCUUCCAGUAGUUUUACAUCAUCUCCACAUGCAUUUGCAAGAGCAGAAGGACCUUAUAAUGUGUGCCCGUAUCCUUAGCAACAUAUUUUGCCUCAUCAAGAAGAACAGCUCAGAAAAAUCAGUCCUGGAAGAAAUUGAUGUGAUUGUAAACAGCCUGCUAGAUAUUCUAUUAAGGACCAUACUAGAGAUCACCAGCCGACCACAACCAUCAGGCUCUGCUAUGCGCCUCCAGUUUCAAGAUGUGACUGGGGAAUUUGUCUCCUGUUUAUUGUCACUCUUACGACAAAUGACUGAUAGACAUUAUCAACAGCUUCUUGAUAGCUUCAACACAAAGGAAGAUCUGAGGGAUUUCCUGCUGCAGAUUUUCACAGUAUUUCGGAUACUAAUACGACCAGAGAUGUUCCCUAAAGACUGGACAGUGAUGCGUUUGGUUGCAAACAAUGUGAUCAUUACUACAGUCUUGUACCUUUCGGAUGCCCUUCGUAAAAACUUCUUAAAUGAAAACUUUGAUUACAAGAUAUGGGAUUCCUACUUUUUCCUUGCUGUCAUUUUUAUAAACCAGUUAUGUCUGCAACUGGAGAUGUUCACACCUUCCAAGAAGAAAAAGGUUUUAGAAAAAUAUGGUGACAUGCGGGUAACAAUGGGAUGUGAAAUCUUCAGUAUGUGGCAAAAUUUAGGGGAACACAAGCUUCAUUUCAUUCCAGCAUUGAUUGGCCCUUUCCUGGAAGUGACCUUGAUCCCUCAGCCAGACCUGAGGAAUGUAAUGAUUCCUAUUUUCCAUGACAUGAUGGACUGGGAGCAAAGGCGAAGUGGCAACUUUAAACAGGUAGAAGCAAAGCUGAUUGACAAACUGGACAGCCUAAUGUCAGAAGGUAAAGGUGAUGAAACAUAUCGAGAACUCUUCAACAGUAUAAUUCCACUUUUUGGUCCUUAUCCUAGUCUGCUGAAGAAAAUUGAGCGGGAAACAUGGAGGGAAAGUGGUGUUUCAUUAAUUGCCACUGUGACUCGCCUCAUGGAGAGGCUCCUGGACUACAGGGACUGCAUGAAAAUGGGAGAAGUGGAUGGCAAAAAGAUUGGCUGCACUGUUAGCCUUUUGAAUUUUUACAAGACUGAACUGAACAAGGAAGAGAUGUAUAUUCGCUAUAUUCAUAAGCUCUAUGACCUACAUCUGAAAGCACAGAACUUCACAGAGGCUGCCUACACACUCCUGCUGUAUGAUGAGCUGCUGGAGUGGUCUGAUCGGCCGCUCAGGGAGUUUCUCACCUACCCCAUGCAAACUGAGUGGCAGCGUAAGGAGUGUCUCCAUCUGACCAUCAUUCAAAACUUUGAUAGGGGAAAGUGUUGGGAAAAUGGCAUUAUCUUAUGCAGGAAAAUUGCAGAACAGUAUGAGAGCUACUAUGACUACAGAAAUCUCAGCAAGAUGAGGAUGAUGGAAGCAUCUCUGUAUGAUAAAAUUAUGGAUCAACAGCGUUUGGAGCCAGAAUUUUUCAGAGUUGGUUUCUAUGGGAAAAAGUUCCCAUUCUUCUUGAGGAAUAAGGAAUUUGUUUGCCGAGGACAUGACUAUGAAAGGCUGGAGGCCUUCCAGCAGCGAAUGUUGAAUGAGUUCCCACAUGCCAUUGCUAUGCAACAUGCUAAUCAACCAGAUGAGACCAUCUUUCAGGCAGAAGCACAGUAUUUGCAGAUUUAUGCAGUGACACCAAUUCCAGAAAAUCAGGAAGUCUUACAGAGAGAUGGUAUUCCUGAUAAUAUCAAGAGCUUUUACAAAGUAAAUCACAUCUGGCGAUUCCGAUAUGACAGACCUUUUCACAAAGGGACCAAGGACAAGGAAAAUGAAUUCAAGAGUCUAUGGGUAGAGAGAACCACACUGAUCUUGGUUCAGAGUUUACCUGGAAUAUCUCGUUGGUUUGAAGUAGAAAAACGUGAAGUGGUGGAAAUGAGUCCCCUUGAGAAUGCUAUUGAAGUCUUAGAAAAUAAGAACCAGCAGUUAAGAACAUUGAUUAGUCAGUGUCAAACUCGACAGAUGCAGAACAUUAACCCUCUCACAAUGUGUCUAAAUGGGGUCAUUGAUGCCGCAGUUAAUGGUGGAGUUGCUAGAUACCAAGAGGCAUUCUUUGUCAAAGAAUACAUCUUGAACCAUCCAGAAGAUGGAGAGAAGAUUACACGCUUAAGAGAACUUAUGCUCGAGCAGGCUCAGAUUCUAGAAUUUGGCUUGGCAGUGCAUGAGAAGGUGGUGCCACAGGACAUGAGGCCGUUGCACAAAAAGCUGGUGGAUCAGUUCUUUGUGAUGAAGUCCAGCUUGGGAAUACAGGAAUUUUCUGCCUGUGUACAAGCUAGCCCUGUUCACUUCCCAAAUGGAAGUCCUCGUGUAUGCCGGAAUUCCAUACCUGUUUCUAUGAGCCCUGAUGCUGCCAGGGUAAUACCACGACGCAGCCCCUUGAGUUACCCAGCUGUCAAUCGGUAUUCUUCCUCAUCACUGUCAUCCCAAGCUUCUGCUGAAGUCAGCAACAUCACUGGGCAGUCAGAAAGCUCCGAUGAAGUUUUUAACAUGCAGCCUAGUCCAUCUACCUCAAGCCUGAGUUCUACUCAUUCUGCUUCACCUAACGUGACUAGCUCAGCUCCAUCCAGUGCCAGAGCUUCUCCUCUGUUGUCUGACAAACAUAAGCAUUCCCGAGAAAACUCUUGCCUGUCUCCCAGAGAGAGGCCCUGCAGUGCCAUCUACCCUACUCCUUUGGAAACUUCUCAGAGAAUGCUGUUUAAUCAUAUUGGAGAUGGUGCUUUGCCACGAAGUGAUUCCAGUCUGCCCGGCACUGACAAAGCUGUGAACACUACCCCCAGCAGCUGGAGUCUGGACAGUGGCAAGGAAGCCAGAAACACAUCAGAAAGUGGAAAGCUUAUAUCUCCUCCUGUACCACCAAGACCUGUACAGACUGCAUCACCAGCAAGACACAUAGCCCCCAUUUCCCCUUCUCCUGCUGGAAGAUCACCGAUGAAGGGGUCUGUGCAAUCAUUCACACCGUCUCCAGUGGAGUAUCAUUCCUCGGGGCUCAUAUCCAACUCCCCGGCGCUGUCGGGGAGUUACAGCAGCGGCAUCUCUUCGCUCAGCCGAUGUAGCACAUCAGAAACAUCAGGCUUUGAAAGCCAAGGCAGCGAACCAGCAGUGACUGUCCCAAACUACAACGUUUCCGAGGAGCCUGUGAGAAAAGAAAGCAAAACCCCGCCACCUUACAGCGUGUAUGAGCGGACUUUGAAGCGCCCCGUUCCUCUACCUCACAGCCUCUCCAUCCCGCCCGCCGCAGACCCUCCGGCACUGCCACCCAAGCCACAGCUGGUUCGGCCAAACAACCUGGAAAACAGCAGCAGGAGGACUGAGCAGGUUCCCCGGCCCAGGCCUCUGCCCCGCAAAGUCUCUCAGCUAUGA